GAAAUAAUUCUUCAACAAUUUGUAUAUAAUCUAAUGAUGGACAUACAAAUUGUUGACAGGGUAGUAAAACGUGAUUGCGAAUAUUACUCAGGGUGUCUGUUAAAACGUCAGUACUGCCAUCUACCAAAGCAGACAAGACCAAAACCACCCCUCUCUUUCUGUCACGGAGAAACACCACCCUUGUGAAAGUGCCUGUGCUACAAUAGCGAAACGAGUGGCUGUUCUCUACUUCGCCGCGACACAAUCUUUCUCGCAUUUCCGUGAUACGGUAUUCGGCAAAGAAAAACCGGUGUGCAAUUGUGAGUCAGUUGAAAAUCAAGUGCCAGAAGAAAGUGCGUGACUUGUAAUCCAGGAUAAAAGUUACAGAAUGGACACAACCUCGGGCGAAAUGAAUUGGAGGUGGCGAUGACAAGUUUGAUUUUGGAGAACGCGGAUUUAAACCGACUUUUUCCGAAAUGCCGGCCUAGGGGCGGUCAUCCCCCGGACUCGGGGGCAGGAUCGCAUCAACAGAAUCCAGGCCAGCACUAUCACCAACAGUCGCAUGAUCGUCGUGGUAUUAUCAAGAAGCUGGAACCAGCACUCACGUCGUCUUCGUUGUCGUCAUCAUCGUCAACGAGCGUCGUAACAGCAUCAACUGGCUUCCCUGUAUCCGAUAUGAUUGACCUGGAGCACGACAACACCGACAGGUGUAGAAAACGAGCAACGAGUCGCAGGAAAAAAUCAGGUUCGCUGUCCCGUAGGACGGCGAGCGUGAUGCCGGGAUUUGAGGCUCAGACCCAGACCCAGGGAACACAACAACAGCAGACACCACAUCAGCAACAUAACGUGAUGACUGCCAAGCCCGCGUCUUCCAGCUCAUCAUCAUCAGCAUCUGGUAGGAGUGAGGAUGCCCCCAAUUAUGGAAGUUUACAUGGUAGUGAUCAUCAGGCACAAUCUCAACAGGAUGAUAGUGGUCCUGAAGAAGGUCCUGUUUAUAUUCUAACAUCAGCCAAAGGAGAUAGAAGUUAUAAACUACGAGAUUCUCGGAUUAUUGAAAUAGCAGGAGGAAGAGAGGUUUUCUCUCAGAGUAGAGGAAAAGUUGCUGCCAGGAAACCUCGUUUUCUGACCUCUUCAAAGUCCGUGCCUAACGAUGAGUCUACUUCAGAAAAGCUGAGUGUGAAAAAAAAUAGUAAAUCGCCCAGCCGACACAGUGUUUGGGAACUCCGAAGCAGAUGUGGAGAACCAAAACGGCAAAGAUCUAAUCGCGAAAUAACCGAAACAGUAUUUUCUUCAGAAAUUCAUUCAGUUCGUCGUAAUCCUACAAAAUCAAUCCUUGAUUAUGACUCACCAAAUAUAACUCGUGGCAAUCGAAUAAUUAACUAUGACUCAGUUUUUAAUAGUAAUAAUGUAGAAUAUUCAGUGCCGAAAAGUAUAACUGAUCUUGAUUAUGGACUACCCAAGAAUUGCGUAGAUUAUCAAUCAAAUCAUACAACACCCGCAAGAAGUAUGGCAAUUGUAAGUGAUGGUGAAGUUGUUGUGUUUGAUGAUAUUGAUGACAACUGGCAAGGAUUGAGGCUGGAUCUUGGGCCAACCAACAACACAACACAAGUUAAUGUUAACACUAGUUGUUUAAAUUCCGAACAAGAUGAAGUUCAGCGACGAGUUCCACCAGAUCCUCCUGGAUCAAGUGUUGGAAAUACCCCGAGUCCAACAUCGUAUUCCAGAAACACUUCAGACUUCUUCAAGGUGAUUACGCCGGUGAGUGACUGUGAAGUUAAUUCACCAUCACCUGAAAGAAAUCAUAAAGUAGCUAGAGUUAUUGGAGAACUACCAAUUGCUCAGUAUUCUGGAAGUCCUAGACGUUAUGGCGUUCGAGAAAAUUCACGAUUACCAAGUCUGUUAUCAUCUCCUUCGAUAUACAUGACUCCAAGACCUGGUUUUCCUCAAAGAAUAUUACCCACAACACCUAACCAAAAAGAAAAGGAGACUGAUUACUUGCCGAAAGAAGAGCCAGUUACUGAGGUACUCGUUGAUACGACAAGUCCUACGACAGAGACAAGUGAUAAUCUCAUGGUUAUUUCUCAAUCCACUGAGGAAAUCCCUAGCAUUGAGCCUGCAACGCAGAGUUCAGAAACUAAAUUAGAAGAAGAAGUAGAAGAUUUUCUCAAGCCAUCGUUUCUUAGUAAUGAUAACCUCUCGAGUCUCGUCACACCUGGGGGAAGUACUUUUGAUUAUCUUUAUGAGUUCUCGGAAACUCGCAAAGUCCUGGAAGAAUUUUUUAAAUGCCCUGCUCCUACUAAAGAAAAAGAAAACAAUGGAGAAUCAGCUCCUUUUCAGGAGUUAGACUAUGAGUUACGACGACAAGGAGGUAAUUCUUAUGUUGGUCAACGCUUAGCUAGUGGAUUACCAAAUACUGAAGAGGUUAUGGUACAUGAAUCUCCUAAAAAACAAAAACCAGAGUUUCCACCAACUAAUGAGCACGAAAAUAACUUUUUGGAUCUUUCUGUGGGAACUGGCAGUAGUGAAGAUUUAGGAGAGACUGAAGUAGGCCUACAGGUUGGUCAUUCGCGGAAUUUUACCCUGAGUCCUGAAUCAACGGAUUGCGACAGUAAUUGUGGUGAUUUAGACAGUGACAUGUCUUUAAUGAUGAUGGAUAAUGAGAUGCUACCAGCUAGUGGACUUUUAGGGUCUGUUGGAGAUCUUGGAAACAAUUCAGACUCUUUAAGAAUAUAUACAAGUAUGCCAGUGCUUGAAGAUGGUCUUUCAAGCGGCCAUGCAAGUGAUACAGACAACAAUAACCCCACGGUAAUGUUAAUGAAGCGGCAGAUUAAUGAGAUAGAGAAAGAAAUAAUUCAAAGGACGAGAAAUGACAUGCUAGGGACUGAUAUUGACAAUGGAAAGGAUGUUAGUCUCAAUGUCACAAAGGAUAUACUUCAAACAUUAAAAGCGACAUCGCCAGAUUUAUUUAUAGCUCAAAAAGAAAAUUCUUAUGAAACAAAUGAGUUGAAUCUAGAUGGUCUUGAUCCUCUUGGCACUCCACCACCGCCUGCGCCUCAGGGUAGACAAAGUAUGAGUCUCGAGAUUGGCGGAGAGGUUGAAGCAGCAAUCAAAGACAUCAGGAUGGCUUUACAGAAGACUAAGACCCUGCCAGUUAAAUCUCCCUCCGAAGAUCCACCUGAGCCGAGUGUCAGUCCUAUUUGGAUCCCCAGUUAUAGUAUGUUGGAUGGCAGGCGGCGAAUGUGUACUGAGAGCAAUAGUGAAGAUUCAGAAGCACGACGUGGAGAAGAUGAAAAUGAAGUUGAAGUGGAAGAAGUCGUGGAUGAAGAAGAGGCAGAUACAGAUCUUGAAACAGAUCGACUCCUUGGUCAACAAAGAACUGACGAUCAAGGAUUUUAUGAUGACAAGGGGUGGCGGAAGCCUAAAACUAGGACAAUGCUACCACCAAUGAGUACCAAAGUCGUAACACCAAAGCAAACCCCACCGAAAACAUUGAGUGUAGCUCCACUAGAAACGCUAACGCCACCCGAACCCUUACCCUCGACGUCUUCAUCCAUAUCCCCGCCUCCUAUUGUCACUGUAAUACAGUCGCCGACGUCUGAACGUGAAGCGACGUCACCUACUCAACCCUCGACGAGUCCCCAGAAGACCCCGGUUAAAAAUUCUCCCUCGCCUACACAAAGCCUCAAGGAGUCCAACGGCAAGGUGAAAAAGGACAAAGAAGGAAAGAAAAAGAGCAGAAAUAAAGAAGGAUUAUUGGAUGAUCCAUCAGUGCUUAUCGAAGGUGUACUAUUUCGUGCAAGAUACCUUGGAUCUACUCAAUUGGUUUGUGAAGGACAACCUACCAAAUCUACGAGAAUGUGUCAGGCAGAGGAGGCUGUCUCCAGGAUAAAAGAUGCUCCGGAACCAGUGUCAAUGCAGGCGCUGUUAAACUAUGGGAGUGCAGGGCAGCAUGGCUAUAGCCGUUGCAGUGUAACCUCCCAGGGAAGCCUUGAUGAAGACGAAUGUGACUCGAGCGAGGAGCUGAUAGGAAAUGUAGCCGGUGGGGCUCAGCCAGAAACGGGGCAGCAAUUGGCGUCCCAGUCAGGGAAACUGGCCCCGAUCAGUAGCUCGCUUGGUCCCACCACUGUUUUCAGACUACAUUUUCUCGGUUCGGUCGAGGUGGAAGAGGAAGGGGGACGCAAACGUCGUAAGCGUCUUAAGAAGCACAUGGUCGAGGAAGCUGUCACUAAGAUAAAGGCAUUGGCACCAGAUGGUGAAACACAACCAAGCGCUGAAGUUGAUCUCUUCAUAUCCACUGAGAAGAUUAUGGUAUUAAAUACUGAUCUUAAAGAGAUCAUGAUGGAUCAUGCUCUAAGGACAAUAUCUUAUAUAGCCGACAUUGGCGACCUUGUAGUGUUGAUGGCAAGAAGACGUUUUGUACCUCAUGAGAUGGAAGAAGCUCCAAAGAUUAAUAGAACACCAAAGAUGAUUUGCCAUGUUUUUGAAAGUGAAGAAGCGCAAUUUAUCGCUCAAUCUAUUGGUCAAGCGUUUCAAGUAGCUUAUAUGGAAUUUCUCAAAGCUAAUGGUAUUGAAGAUCAUAGCUUUGUUAAAGAAAUGGACUAUCAGGAGGUUUUAAAUUCUCAAGAAAUAUUUGGAGAUGAAUUACAAAUGUUUGCAAAAAAAGAAAUGCAAAAAGAGGUGGUGGUACCAAAGGCUAAAGGCGAGAUUUUGGGUGUCGUAAUAGUGGAAUCAGGUUGGGGUUCAAUGCUGCCGACAGUAGUGAUAGCAAAUCUUGCGCCAGCCGGUGCGGCUGCACGCUGUGGUCAGUUGAAUAUUGGAGAUCAGAUAAUAGCUAUAAAUGGAGUAUCCCUAGUCGGAUUACCGUUAUCAACGUGUCAGACUUAUAUCAAGAAUUCAAAAAACCAGACGGUAGUGAAGCUUACAGUUGUGCCAUGCGCUCCAGUUGUUGAAGUGAAAAUUAAGAGGCCGGACACCAAGUACCAGUUAGGUUUCAGUGUACAAAAUGGUGUAAUAUGUAGUCUACUCAGAGGUGGAAUUGCUGAAAGGGGUGGCGUGCGAGUGGGCCAUAGAAUAAUCGAGAUUAAUAAUCAGAGCGUUGUUGCUGUGCCCCAUGAAAAGAUCGUUAAUCUCUUGGCUACGUCCGUUGGAGAGAUUCUCAUGAAGACGAUGCCAACAUCUAUGUUUAGAUUAUUGACCGGACAAGAGUCUCCGGUGUACAUAUAAAAGACAAAAGUCGGUAAACAAUCGAGAAAUGUAAGAAAACAUGAAAAUGCAUCUCGGUUGCCUGCUCGUUUUGUAGUGAAAAGACAAUACAACCACCAUCCACUAUCGUAUUUUAUCUCCACAAUCCGCAAGGUUUGUUUCAACGCAGUGAAAAGCUUUGUAUUCCAGUCAACCGGAACAGCCCUGUGUGUAUUCGUGAAGCUUUUGAAACAAAAAUACCUAAAUAUAAACGUAAAUUGAGAUAGUGAAAAAGUAGAAAGUGCGAAUGAUGAGCAAAAGAUAAAAUGAGCGUAAGAGUGAGAAAAUGAUUAACCGUUGAUUCAAUUGAUUGAAUAUUUAAUCCGAGUAUAAUUUAUAUCGAUUAUUAUAGAUAUUAUACAUAAAUAUAUAUAAUAACAAUAUAAAUAACUAUUAAAUAUAAUUAAGAAUAUAAGUAACAAUUUAUUAGGCAACAAAAAUGGGAUUUUCUAUGGCAGUCAAGAGGCUAAUUUUCUUGUUCUUAUAAUCAGACUUGAGACUCGCGUUUAAUAUUGUAAUUAAAAGAACUUUUAAGCUUCGCUGAAUCUCAAGAGAAGCAAAUUUAUUGAUCUAAACAUAGCUUUGCUAAAUAAAUAGUAUUUGAAAAAAAAAAGAAAAUAAAAAAUUUAUGGUAAGAUAUUAAUUAUAAAUGAUAAUAAAGAUAAGUGAUAAACAAAAAUAUACGCCUCUUCUUAAUCACAUAAGUGAAUUGAAUAAGGGAUAAAUUACUGCUGUAGAGAGUCACGAUAUUAUUACGCCAAGGAAGAUGAUAUAUAUUGCAAUGCACAUGAUUAUAAAUAGCACAAAAAGCUCAUUACAAUCUUGUUUUGAGCAUGGCUGGAACAAAAACUUGUAUAUUACGUAAUUUUAGCUAUUUAUGUAGCUGUUAUUUCUCAAAUAAUUAUCCCUACAAUUUUCGAAUACACACUCUAGUAUACAUUCCUUCAUUUCGUACUUUAAUCUUACUAUAAAGUGCUUGAUAAAAAAGUUAUACAAAAUUUCAAACAUGUGAUGCUCAUCUUUAUUCAUUUAUAAGACUAAAAAUUUAAUUAAUUCAGAAAAACUGUGUUUAAGGCCAUCUGUAACAUUGCAUUUGUAAUCCUCACCACAAAAAACGUGAUAUUUAUAUAGAGGAGCACACCAACUAAGUGAAAAAAGUACAGUAGAUAAAAGAGAAAAUUUAUCAUUUAGAAUAUUUAGAAUGUUUCAUGUAAAGUUAAUGAAGUGAAAGAAAAAAAUUACUUGUCCUAAAAAUGUGUUCCAAGUCCUAGAUAAUACUCGAUUUUAAUAUUGUUUUUCAUAAAUCUUUAACUUUUGAGCUUCCGUAAUUAGGGAAAGCUCAUGAAAUGGAAUAUUAUUUAUGACUUUGAGCUAUUCAUACUACUUGAUUGUUAUGCAUCAAUGUAAUUUUUAAAACUUUAUCAUGAUCAUUAUAAACAAUACCUCUAGUUAAAAUGCUCUCAUGUUGAUUAUUUUUAAUUAACAGACUGAAGAUGAAUUAUUUAAGAGAAAACAAUAAAUCAAAGUUAUAGAUAAAUUAAAUUGCGUGAAAUAAGAAAUUGAUACAACUGGUGGUGCUCUUUUAAAUAGAUACCGCUCAUAGUAGAAUAAAUUUUAUCGAUUUACGCUAAAAAUUAUAGAAAAGACAUAAUGACUAAAGAUAAAAAUAAAAUAAUAUGUCAUUUAAAAAAUUUUUUCUAAUUAUUUUAAUCAUUAA